CGGGAGCGCGGGGCGGUGGCGUGCGCGCGGCCGUGGUCUCAGCGGCGUUUAUGGGGCGCCUGCUGCAUGAACCCAGCGGGCGGCAGUGGCCGGAGCCCACCCCAGGUGUCCUCGUCCGAAGGGACGCAGAGCCCACCUCCGCCGUAGCCGGGACUUGGUCCUGGAAGCUGGUGUGCGUUUCCCUUGGGCGUCAGGGCUUCCACACUGCUGGGAGUCACUACAAGGCUCGGACCAGCGCGGAGCACCUGUGGCUGACGCGGCAGUUGAAGGACCCGUUCGUGAAGGCUGCAAAGGUGGAGAGUUACCGGUGUCGAAGCGCCUUCAAGCUUCUGGAGAUGGAUGCGAAGCACCGGAUCCUGCGGCCAGGCCUCCGGGUGUUAGACUGCGGGGCGGCCCCUGGGGCAUGGAGCCAGGUGGCUGUGCAGAGGGUCAACGCUGCAGGCACAGAUCCCAGCAGUCCUGUUGGCUUUGUGCUUGGGGUAGAUCUUCUUCACAUAUCGCCCUUGGAAGGAGCAACUUUUUUGUGCCCUGCUGAUGUGACUGACCCCAAAACCUUCCAGAGAAUCCAAGAACUGCUUCCUGGUGGGAAAGCAGAUGUCAUUCUGAGUGACAUGGCACCCAAUGCCACGGGGAUCCGAGGCCUGGAUCAUGACAGGCUCAUUGGACUGUGCUUGUCCCUUCUGGACUUGGCUCCAGAGACCCUGUGCCCUGGGGGGUCAUUCCUUUGCAAAACCUGGGCUGGGAGUCAGAGCCAACGGCUGCAGAAGAGACUGAUAGGGGAGUUCCAGAACACGAGGACGCUGAAGCCUGCAGCCAGCAGGAAGGACUCCGCAGAGGUGUACUUCUUGGCCACACAGUACCGAAGGCCAAAAGGGUCUGGGAAGGGCUGAGCUCUCCGCUGCGCUGCUGUUGCUGGUCCUUUUCCCUGUGAAUGCACACGGGACAAGUGGGGGACCUUUAUUUCCAAACCAAAAAGAGAACAAGACUAUUCAGUGGCUGUGAUUAAAAAAAAACAGCCCAUCACAUGACUUGUGAAGAGGGUGUUUCAGUGAGAAAGAGACAACAUGAAAAGAUGGAAAGACCAGCUGGGAGGGAAGGACAGCGAUGCAGGAGGCAGAGCUGGAGAGUGACUCAAGCCUUCCCGCUGGUGUUCUCACUCCACAGACUUAGCCAGUUACCGAACAACAGCCACCACCGCCUCCUGCCUCCUGCCUCCUCUGUUCCUGGCGCAGCGCAGGUUUCAGUUGUGGUUGUGGCCAUACAGUGUAACGUAGAAAAGUCUGAAAUUUCAGCCUGGGAAUUGAUUCCCAUCUGCCUGGUGAAUGGUCUGGAAAGACAUCCAUUCCUCCAGCAGUGAGAAUUCCCAGAGCAAUUAGGGAAGGUGUUUGGUAUGAAUUUGUGCCCAGGGUGGGUGUGCUUUGUUUUUUGCCUGGAGUCCACGUUGCUGUAACACGUGGGCUCUCCAGACCAUAAAGGUGAUUGCCUCUGCGAGCA